AGGAGCAGAGGGAGAGCCGGGCUCGUCGAGGCCCUCGAGGGCCCAGUGCCUUCAUCCCAGUGGAGGAGGUCCUUCGGGAAGGGGCUGAGAGCCUUGAGCAGCACCUGGGACUGGAGGCCCUGAUGUCCUCCGGGCGGGUGGACAACCUGGCAGUGGUGAUGGGCCUGCACCCCGACUACUUUAACAGCUUCUGGCGACUGCACUACUUGCUGCUGCACACAGAUGGGCCCUUGGCCAGCUCCUGGUGCCACUAUAUUGCCAUCAUGGCUGCCGCCCGCCACCAGUGUUCUUACCUGGUGGGCUCCCACAUGGCCGAGUUUCUGCAAACUGGUGGUGACCCUGAGUGGCUGCUGGGCCUUCACCGGGCCCCCAAGAAGCUGCGCAAACUCAGCGAGAUCAACAAGUUGCUGGCACAUCGGCCAUGGCUCAUCACCAAGGAGCACAUCCAGGCCUUGCUGAAGACGGGCGAGCACAGCUGGUCUCUGGCCGAACUCAUUCAAGCCUUGGUUCUGCUCACCCACUGCCACUCGCUGGCCUCCUUCGUGUUUGGCUGUGGCAUCCUCCCUGAGGGGGACGCGGAGGGCAGCCCUGCCCCCCAGGCACCUUCGCCCCCCAGCGAGCAAAGCAGCCCACCCAGCAGGGACCCGUUGAACAAUUCCGGGGGUUUUGAGGCAGCCCGUGACGUCGAGGCUCUAAUGGAACGCAUGAGGCAGCUGCAGGAGAGCCUUCUGCGGGAUGAGGGAGCAUCCCAGGAAGAGAUGGAGAGCCGCUUUGAGCUGGAAAAGUCAGAGAGCCUGCUGGUGACCCCCUCAGCUGAUAUCCUGGAGCCCUCUCCACACCCAGACAUGCUGUGCUUUGUGGAAGACCCCAGUUUCGGAUAUGAAGACUUCACUCGACGAGGGACUCAGGCACCCCCUACCUUCCGGGCCCAGGAUUAUACCUGGGAAGACCAUGGCUACUCGCUGAUCCAGCGUCUCUACCCCGAGGGUGGGCAACUGCUGGAUGAGAAGUUCCAGGCAGCCUACAGCCUCACCUACAAUACCAUCGCCAUGCACAGUGGUGUGGAUACCUCCAUGCUCCGCAGGGCCAUCUGGAACUACAUCCACUGUGUCUUCGGCAUCAGAUACGAUGACUACGAUUAUGGGGAGGUGAACCAGCUCCUGGAGCGGAACCUCAAGAUCUACAUCAAGACAGUGGCCUGCUACCCAGAGAAGACCACCCGAAGAAUGUACAACCUCUUCUGGAGGCACUUCCGUCACUCAGAGAAGGUCCAUGUGAACUUGCUGCUCCUGGAAGCCCGCAUGCAAGCCGCUCUGCUCUACGCGCUCCGUGCCAUCACCCGCCACAUGACCUGACUCCCACCCCGCAGGACCUAAGCCUGGAGCAACUGACCCCGGGGCAUCCUCUUCUCCGCAAGGACUUCUCUGACUGGAGAUGGACCCAAACCCUUUUGUGUCCCACAGCCACCCGCCCCACUCUGAGGGUGGGCUUGUGCGUGAUGUGCAGCCCCCAAGCUACACCCUCCUUUUUCUCACCGGAAUGGACAGGAUCAUUGCACUGACUCUGGGAUCUCAGCUCUGCCCCUGGGAGCUGGAAGAGGACUAGGAAAUCCCAAGGGGCCACGCCCUUCCUCCUUCCCCUGCCCCCAGAGGCAGAGGGCAUAGGAAGGAAAAUGGGCUAAGUUCAGACUUUGUGCCACAAGUGCUGUGGCUUUCCUGGACUGGGAGGUCCCUGGCUGGCCCCUGAGGGAGAGGGGCAAUUGCCUCUAGGGACUGACACUCCAGGCAACUCUGCCUUCCCUCCCCCUCAUUCCCAGAUUUCAUUACCUCCCACCUGCCAUUCACCCGUCAAUGUGAAAGUCAGGGUCACAGCUGGUCUGUGUGUCCAGUUCCCCAAAAGCCUGCUUUGCCGGGCAGCCUGAAGUCCCCUUGUGCCCUGGCUGCCUGGAUCCUCUUCAGUUUGUUACCUCCUCUGCCUUCUUACCCUUUCUCCCUUCCUGGUUGCGCGAGGCCUCAGGAGAGGCCAAGCAC